UUGUUGUAUUGUAUCAUGUUAUUUCUGCAAAUGUAUAACUAAUUCAUUAGCGAAUGAAAAGAAGGGAAAAUAAACAGUGUUAUAUAAAUAGGCUGUGUUAUAUAAAUAUAAUCUAUCUAUCUAUCUAUCUAUCUGUCUGUCUGUCUGUCUAUCUAUCUAUCUAUCUAAGUUAAAGAAGUUUAAGACACUUGGGGAACGAAAUGAAAUCUGGUUUUGCCAUCAUGCACCCCGUGACGUCACGCUGGGAGUCAGCUCUAUAAGUGAAGAGACUCCAUUGAGAGUGAAAAGAAGAAAUUGUCACAGCUCUGCUUCACUUCAUACACACACUCACAGGCGCGUAUGCGCGCGCACACACACACAUAAUUGCUCUGGACUAAGGUUUACCUGCUCAAAGCUACACCCCGAGAGACUGCGUGGUUCCUGCCGGUCGACAUGGCGUCCUCCAACAGGCAGCUGACGUCCUUCUUCAUUGAAGACAUUCUGUCUAUGAGAGAAGAGAAGGGGGAAGAGAGGGGAGAAGAGACGAGGGGAAGUUCAGCUGAAAGUCAGAUCGACUCACGGUGUUGUAAAGACGGAGGAGAAAACCAGGACGCUCUCCUGAUAGCCGCGUUAGCCACAAGACCUGCGUCACCCGUCGACUCGUGUACGUCGGAAAGGACAAACUCACCGACAGAAGCGGCGACACACGCAGACGAGCCGAACCACACGCACACUCUGGCUCAGAAGCAGAAGCGCUCGCGCGCCGCCUUCACGCACCUGCAGGUGCUCGAGCUGGAGAAGAAGUUCAGCCGCCAGCGCUACCUGUCCGCACCGGAGCGCGCGCACCUGGCCAGCGCGCUGCGCCUCACCGAGACCCAGGUGAAGAUCUGGUUCCAGAACCGACGCUACAAAACCAAGCGGAGGCAGCAGCUGGAUUGUUACCGGAAGUCGGAGGGGAACGCUGCCGUCGCAGCCGCCGCCACGGUGGACGAGGACUUGCUCAGAGCGUCACUGCUCGCCACGAUGUACACGUGUUAUCCGUAUCGGCUGUGCGUGUACGAUCCACACAGACACGGCGCGUGGAGGCCGACGGUGUGGUGACAGGGACACGGGGGAGGCUUUAAAUUAAAACUGUUCAUGUAGCUAAUGUGUUUUAUUAUAUCUUGUACAGCUUUGUAUCAAUAAAUAAACAUAUGUUUUUUAAAGUAAUA